CGUACGACUGGAAUAUAAAGAACGGGCUCCCCUGGGUUGAUCGCUGUGAUCUAGACUACGGCUUGAGUUGCUACAUCUUACAUACGUUACCAGCGUUCUCUUCUAUCCUCGGAACUUACCUUAAUACUUAACCUUCAAGUUCAACCCCUCCUGCUAUACCUAUAGUUCUGGGGAAUUUCCGACACAAUGGCCACCCAUCGCUUCGAUCCCAAUUUCACCGACAACGUCGUCAACGCCAUCGGUCCCAAUUCCAACCCCCGGUUCCGCGACCUCAUGGCCAGUCUCAUCCGGCACGUGCACGACUUCGCGCGCGAGAACGAGCUGACGGUCGACGAGUGGAUGGCCGGCGUGCAGCUGAUGAACUGGGCCGGACAGAUGAGCAACGACAAGCGCAACGAGGGACAGCUAGUUUGCGACGUGAUCGGGUUGGAAUCACUAGUCGAUGAAAUCACCUUCAAGCUCGCCUCCGAAGCGACCGACACGCCCACCGCGACAGCGAUCCUGGGCCCGUUCUUCCGCGCCGACACGCCGUACCGCGACAACGGGGCGAACAUCGUCACGACGGGCGUCUCGGACGGCGAGAUGGUCUUCAUGCACGGCCGCGUCGUCGACUUCGAGACCAAGACGCCGCUGGUCGGCGCUACCGUCGAGGUGUGGCAGGCGUCGACGAACGGGCUGUAUGAGCAGCAGGACCCGGAGCAGCAGGAGUUCAACCUGCGGGGCAAGUUCCGCACGGAUGAGAACGGCCGGUAUUGGUUUUAUUGUCUGAGGCCGACGCCGUAUCCGGUUCCGGAUGAUGGACCCGCCGGAAAGCUACUCAAACUGAUGGACAGACACCCCUUCAGACCGGCUCAUAUCCACAUCAUUGCAACAUACGACAACUACAAGCCCCUCACGACGCAGAUCUUCGACCGCAAAGACCCCUACCUGACCAACGACUCCGUGUUCGCGGUCAAGGACUCCCUCGUGGUGGACUUUGUGCCGCGCAAGGACGACCCUCAAGCUGGCCUUGAGCUGAAUUACGACGUGAAGCUGGUUCCGAGCGAGGAGAAGGCGAAGGGGGCUUAAGUGGUGGGAUUUAGGUGUAUGUGUAUAUAAGUAGAGGUACUUUUUUGUUUAUUUUAGGGUUUAAUUUGAU